UUCGUUGCGCAUCGACGCGUCGUCUUUGUUGGAAACGCUUUUACACCCUCGAGCGUUGCGUUCGGAGGCCCUCGUUACUCCGAAGAAUUUGUAAUAAAAUGUCAAUGAAGAAAGCAGAUCUUUCUAUUUAAGUGGUCGCGCAACGUGGAACGAUCGCGUAGUUGUAUACAUAUGUAUAGUGCAGAAGCUGAGAAGUUUCGAGAGUCGGAGAGCAGCGAGAAAGAUGUCGUGCGAGGAAGAAACAAGAGAAACGGAGGAGACGAGGGAAGCAACGAAAGAAGGGAAGGAGGCCACCGAGGAGGAUCUUCAGAUUUUCGAAACGCUCUGUAUAUCAUCGCCUCGAAAGGUCUUCUUCGUUCGCGUCAGAUCGAAUGUAUCACAGAGCCUAGACGCACCUCGUUUAUCUGCACAUAUCUAUAUAGAUAUAUACAUCGUUGAGGAAGAAGCCAUGACCCAUGAUCUAACGACUACGUUGAGGAGCGAGCUAGCAGCACUCGAGUAUAAACGCGACCGGUUGAUGUCCGAGCUCCAAGAAACGAAGAAUCUCGUAAGAUUCCGAGAUCAACGAAUAGCCGAGUUGCAGGUAGAGGCGGAACAACUUCGCGAACAAGCAGCUAGACAGAAUUCCAUCGUGUUAAGCUUGAAGAAACGCAUACAGGAAUUGGAAGAACGCGAGAGGAAUCUUUAUACGAGUCAAGGAAGGAACGAGACCGUGCUGCGUUCUUUGCAACGAGACUUAAAGUAUCGUCAGGAGAAGAAUCGGGAAUACGAGAAGAAGAUACGUCAGCUUGAACAGACCGUGUCGGAAGAGAUUGAAUCGAGAGAACGGGCCCGUUCAAGCUUUCAGGAAUUUACGCGGAGAUUGGCGAACGCAUUGAGCGUGGAGUAUCGCGAAACCGUUCAUCCUAGUCCUGAAAUCGUGAUGCACAAAGUCGAAGAGUUGGUGCAAGAAGCGAAUCGUGUUCGCGCGAAGAAUACGAAUAUCGAAGCGCAACUGACUACCGCUGAGGUAGACUUUAGAAGCUGCCGGGAUGCGUUGGACUGUACCGUAGCCGAGAAGGAACAACUUCAGCGUCAAGUAUCUUCGCAAUUGGUCGACUUGGAUCGUCUCAGACAGGACAAAGAAUGCCUGGAAAUGCGAUACAAAGUCGCGGAAAGGGAACUGGACGGGUUGAGGGAUAAAUUGUUAAACGCGAACAGAAGCAUAAGCAACGCGACCGGAAAUAUAUCGAAUCAAGAGGCGUUGAUUGGACAGCUGCGAGAAGAUCUGACGCAACGGGAUGAAAAGUGUCAGCGUGUGCAAACCGAGUUACGUCACCUUUUGGAAUCGUUGGCAACGCUCGUCAGCGGCCCGAACAGAUUCAUCGAGUCUCACGAGAAUGUCAUUAAGGAUCGCAUUAGGGAGAUCUUGGCCGAGAACAAAGAUCAGGCUCUUACGAUUCAAAAGCUUCGAGACAAGGUAAACGCGGCAACGGAAUCCACUACUCGGCAAGGCGAAUUGAUCGAAACGACCGUGGCGAAGAUGCGAAAUCUCGAGGACGAACGAUCGGACCUGGGAAACAAAGUUCGCAAACUAGAGACCGAGUUGACCGAUUGCGAGCUGUUGAAGGAAUCUCUGCGCAGAGAAAAACAAAUGUUCGUAACGUUUCUGAACCGACUGGGAAAAGCGAUGCAAAUGGACGAGAUCUCGGAGGAAAUGGGUCUCGAUCUUCAAACGGAAUCGCUUCUGAUACGAGCCGAGCAACUUGCCAGAUUAGAAACCGACAAAUUAGUGGAUAAGUACUCGUGCUGCAACUACACCAUCUUACCGAGGAUUCGGCGCGAGCGAUCCUUCCACGAGCUUCCUUCUAUGAAAGAAACCUCGGUGGUGUAUCAACUGCAGCGUCGUGUAAGGACGCUUCGGGAGCAAUUGCAACGCCGGGAUCUUCAUUUGGAUCUCCUUCGCAGAAAAUUGUCGCUUCAAGAGGACAGCGUGAAAAUGAAAUCGUUGCUGCAAAGUGAAAGAGACGAAGCGAAUCUCCGAGCGAAGAAGUUGUCGAAACAAACCGAUCGCUUGCAAGUUCAACUUUUGGAAGAGAGGUCAAGGAAUCGCGAGUUAAGCGCCCAAUUGACGGAAGCCGCGGAUUACAAAAUAGCGGCUUUGGAACGCAGUCGAAAGAUAGAAGAGGUUCAAAAACGGCUGGUCGAGAGCGAGAUGCUGAGAACUCGAUGCAACAGAAAAUUAACCCUCUUGAAAGAACAAAUAAGAACAACGACCGAGACUGCCGAACAGGAAAGAUCCAUCAGCGACCAUUCGUUGCAACUGCUUAGGGACGAGUUAGCGCAAGUCAAACAAAAUCUUUCCGAGAUGACGAAAAGGGAAUCCCAGCUACAAAGUUUCCGUGUUUCCGUGGUGAAAUUAUUAUCGGAACCAAUUUGUACACCUGAUUACGAGAUAAUUUCGCGAUUGCAAAAAACAAUAGCGGCACAUCGUGAUUUCACCAUGCUGUCGCGUCGAUACGACGAGCCAUUGGAUACGACCAGUCCUUCCAGAUGUACAAGCAUACAUACGAUGCAUCCUCCUAGAUCACCCGGGUCACGAUGCGCUCGUUACGAAGACAGCGGAUUUGCAGAUCCGCCGGAUCUUCGCGACGUCGAAGACGAAUUCAACAAACGACCGGUACGAAGCAGCCUACUUCCAUGACGUUGCGUCGGUCCACGUAAUUACCACGUUAAACAGUGGAACAACCGCAUUCCAGGAUGCAGACGGUAGAGAGCGAGACUGAAGUUGCUGUGCUGGUUGAGCGCGGGAACGCGAUGCAGCAAGGUAGACGAGAGGGGACCAAGGAGGACGAAGGGAACAUUGUCUAGUAGUAUGCGAAUCCGUUCGAGCCUCGUAUCUUCCUGCUCGAACCAAAGUGUGCCGCGCACUAUAUGCGUGUCGAGCACUACGCAAACAGACCUCUGGCUUUUCGAAUUUUUCCUGGUCCUUUUGUCAAGUCAUAUUCCAGAGGACCGACAUCGCAGACGAAAACAAAACGAAAUGUAUUUUCAUUUCUUUCUUUUUCUUUUUUUUACUGUUAAUUCGUAUUUUUAGUUGUUCUACCGCCCAUUAUUAACUUAAGUCUAAAAACGCCACGUUAAAUACCACGGUAUCGCGAUACAAAAGGAGCAACAGAAAUGGGAACAGUAAAAAAAUCAAAGUAAUCAUAGAUAGUAAGUAUCUGCGAUAUUGUUGGGAGUUAUUAUUCCAGAUAAAGACGAAACUCGGCAUUCACGCUAUGGCGUUUUCCAAAGAGCAAAGAACCAGGGUUGCGUGAUUUUAUGGGGCGUGCUUCUUGCUUGGUAGAAAAGUACAUACGUACACUAUGUACGGCACAUACCUACACGUAGUACGCCGUAUACUGGUUAGCCCUGAACUUGGCCAGCAGUGAACUACCUCUUUCUUUGCUGGAACGUGAAUGCGUGAAUGCAAAGGCGUCAUCUUUGGCCUCCUUAUUUCUCGUUGCGUACAAACACACGCGUUACGACUAUUUCAACGCCAAGCAAGUACACUGUACAUGUUACUUUCCACGCUUAAACACGUAUCACGAAACAAUAUUGUCAAUCCACUGUCAAAGCUGGCAGCUAUUUAACAACAAUACAUUUCAAUUACACUUUGGCCACUUUUUCGUCCGUUAGGAAUAAUCGAUCGCGAUCGAAAGCACGAACAAAAUUUCGUUGAAAAUUUGCUGUUCGAGCAUAUUUUUCUUUGAUCUCGGCUCAAUGAAUUUACUGCAAAAUUUCGUAACGAAUUUGCGUUGACGUUGGAUGCGUACACUGACAGUAUACUGACAUGUUGGUCAGAAUCGCAUGAAUUAUCUUUUCUAAUUUUGACGAUUAUUUCGAUUAGAGAUUUCGUUGAUUCUGAACAUAAUCGUGAAUUUAGCUGUCUUCGCACAAGUAUCGUUAUGUAAGGUUUUUAAUUAAUUAGAAUGGGACUAAGUUUCUAUCCAGGUAUACGGUGGACUAAAUAAAGUAUCGAUAAAUAACUUAAUCAGUUACGUGAAGCCAAAGGCAUGUAGUCGUGCGUAUAUCGGUGUAUACUACGAAAAUGCCGAUUAAAUACACUGUAUUCUGCUUAUCUAU